UAACAAGAUGAAUCCUCCUCACUUCUCAGUUGCGUCUUGUCUCCCUCCUUGUGACUGUCGUGAAGGUGUUCCCAGUCUGCUGACCACUACUUCCCUUUCCUUAGUUACAGCCUCCUGUGUAGCCACCUCUUCUCCAGUGUCUGUUUUGCUAACAUCAAGAGAACUGUACCACGUUCUUCAAGUCCAUAUCAUCAGCAACCUCCCAAAGCAUCAGUAAUACCUCUGGCUCGUCGACCACAACUGUCGUCAGCAUUUACGCUAGUGUUGCUGUGUCACAGUGGAAGCUGCGUCUCUUGCGCUGCUACCCUGGCAGUAAUCACUCCAGCUGUUGCAGCUGUCGUCAGUAAUAACGUCAUCUGGAACAGUGGUUGUCGUGUCGUCACUGGAAGACCUAGUCAAGAUGAAGGUGUCUGUGCGAGUUCGAGGAGAAUGGCUGCAGGUGCCGUGUAAAACAGGGAAGGAGACAGUGUCGUGGCUGGGGGAAGAGACACUGCGUAGAUACAUGAAGCUGAAGCCAGCCACACAUGUGCCCAACAAGUUUGAGACAGUAGCCAGCGUCAGGAAGACCCUCGGAGGAGCCAUCCUAGAUCCUUCUGACUUUGUUAUUGAUGUCUUGGAUGAUAAUGAUUUCGUGUCUGUUGUUCUGGACAGCGUCCGGCCCAAUCCUGUGACAGAACAAGCUGAUCUGAAAUACUUCCCAGAGUCUGUACCAGGUCGUUACGUGGCUCCUGACGACUACCUCACCUUGGAUGGUGCUACGCUCACCCCUGAGGACCUCACAGCCCUGGGCAAGGGAGCUUACAAGAUCAGGCUGAGUCAGGAGGCGGUGGAGGCAGUGAAGGCUGCUCGCAAACUGGUCGAGGACAUCAUUAAGGAGAAAAAAGUUGUGUACGGCGUCACUACUGGCUUUGGCAAGUUCGCUCGCACUAUCAUCUCCAACGAGAAUAUUGAAGAGCUGCAGCUCAACCUGAUCCGCUCUCAUUCUGCUGGUGUGGGCGACCCGCUCUCGACGGAGAAGACACGGAUGCUGCUAGCCCUGAGGAUCAACGUCCUGGCCAAGGGAUGCUCUGGGAUCAGUCUUCAGGUUCUCUCCCAGUACAUUGAAGCCUUUAAUGCAUCGUGUUUACCUUGGGUACCGGAGAAAGGGACGGUGGGUGCGUCCGGGGACCUGGCCCCCCUGUCCCACCUUGCCCUGGGCAUGCUCGGAGAGGGCAAGAUGUGGAGCCCUAAGACUGGCUGGGGCAAUGCCAGUUACGUGCUAGAAGCCCACGACCUGAAGCCCGUGAAGUUGGGGCCGAAGGAGGGCAUCGCUCUCAUCAAUGGUACACAACUCAUCACUUCCAUGGGCGCUGAGGCAGUGGAACGAGCGGAGACAGUGGCCCGGCAGGCAGACGUGGUGGCCGCUCUCUCUCUGGAAGUCCUCAAGGGAACCUCAAGAGCCUUUGACAGCGACGUACACAAGCUGCGACAUCACAAGGGCCAGAUGGAUGUGGCCAGGAGGAUCAGAGCUCUCCUGCACAGCGACACCUUCGUCUCCGAGAUUGCAGAGUCUCACCGGUUUUGUGACCGCGUGCAGGACGCCUACACUCUGCGCUGCACCCCGCAGGUCCAUGGCAUCGUCCACGACACACUCCACUUCGUCAGAGGCAUCAUAACCGACGAGAUGAACUCAGCCACAGACAACCCACUGGUGAUCUCUGAGAGGAAGGAAAUCAUUAGUGCCGGGAACUUCCACGGGGAGUACCCGGCCAAGGCAGUCGACUACUUGGCCAUCGCUAUACACGAGAUUGCUAAUAUGUCUGAGAGGAGGAUUGAACGACUUGUUAAUCCAGCCCUCAGCGAGCUGCCAGCAUUCCUAGUGAGUGAAGGAGGUCUCAACUCUGGCUUCAUGAUAGCUCACUGCACUGCCGCCGCCCUCGUGUCAGAGAACAAGGUGUUGUGCCACCCCGCUAGUGUGGACUCCCUAACUACCUCAGCGGGAACAGAGGACCAUGUCUCCAUGGGUGGCUUCGGGGCACGCAAGGCUCUCAUGGUAGUGGAGAACGUGGAGAGAGUCAUUGCUAUAGAACUGAUGGCAGCGUGUCAGGCGAUUGAGUUCCUACGACCUCUCAAGACGACCACACCCCUGGAAGAAGUCAUCAAAGUCGUCCGCUCCGUGGUUAGGCCCUACGACAAGGAUCGCUUCCUGGCCCCUGACAUAGAUACCAUCACUGAACUCCUGAAGGAUAACAAGAUCUGGCUGGCUGUGAGGCACCACAUCGAACACUACCACUCUGUCCAGCAUGUGGAAACAAGGGUGUUCUCCCCAAGCAUGAGCUUCAUAGGAAGCGGUCCUCCUCGGCCCUUCAAGAGAAGCCUCAACAACGGCAGACCAACACGCUCCCCCGCCACCAAGACCAAAAGGCAGAGAACCUGCAGCAAGAAUAACUAACACACGGUUACUCUCACCAAGUAUAGUGACGGGGCAGUCACAUCCAGCCCUGCCAAGCACCGUAGUAACGAACACCAGUGCAACUGGAGCUCCAAACACCAGUGCACGACGAAAACGAGACACCAAAUCCGUAGCAACGACGACCAGAUUUAGUCAGUAGCUAAAGCAAACGUAACAGUAUCCAGAACAUAGUCACAACCUCCAACAAGCUUAAUAAAUUAUAAUAAUUAUUUAAACAAUACAAAAUCAGAAUUUUAUAUUCAACACUAUUCUGAAUGGAUCAGAGGCAGACUAGUUUCAUGAGCAUAGCAACUUAAAACUGAAAUCAUGACCAGGCACUGAGAAUGCUGGUCUCUUGAGCAUUUUGUAGCCUUGAAUCUCUACUUAAAAGUUCAAAGAUAAAGUUUAUUGUAAAAAUGGGUAUUGUGUGGUAAAGGCGUUGUUGUUGGGUCGUAUUUUGUAUGAUGCAUUGUUAUUAUUAUUUAUUAAUAUUAUGACAACGACUGUGAUGCUGGCAGUGUCUUUUCGGGUAGUGAUAUUUAGCGAUGUUCAUCACUUAGCGAUGUUCAUCACUUAGCGAUGUUCAUCACUUACUGAUACUCAUCACUUUGCGAUGUUCAUUACUUAGCGAUGUUCAUUAUUUAGUGAUGUUAUAGUUAUUUGCUUUAUAUCAUAUUUAGUGAUUAUUUCAAAGAGCAGUUUUCUCUCACACUUUGUGUGUAAGUGUAAGCAUGUAUUCGUGAAAGCACGAGUAUAUUUAAGUAUCUGUGUAUGUAAGUUGCUUGUGUGAAUGUAUAUGUGUAGUCACAUGGUUGUGUAUGUCAGUGAUAUACUAUACAGAUAAGUAUGAGAUAAUCAUACAAACUGCGGCUUAACACAUUUUAAUGAUAUGAUGUUUCUUCUACCAGUGACGUUAUCAACUCUGCAGAACUGAUAACGUUCCUGGUGGACGUUUCAUCUACCAGUGACGUUACGAACUCUGCAGAACGUCUUAUCAGUAAAAUACCAUAAACCACAUACUGUAUCUUAUUAACUGGCUCAAUUGCGUCUGAGGAUUAAAUUUCAGGUAUUGGGUUCCGCCUUUGCACUCGGAAAAACUGGAUUUCCUUAUAUUUACUUUUAAAUUCAUAUAUUCUGAAGAAAUUCUCUCUUGUUUCCAUUUAGUUUUUAGAGUUUUAAGUUUCCCGUUGUGUCCCCUUACUCUGUUCUCUCUACUUUAAACAGUCUCUUAUUAACUUUGCCGUUACAGCUUCAUUACUCCGCUGGUUCUCUUAUGUGAGUGAUGUAAGAUCAACCUUUCUUAACCUAUCCUCGUAUUCCAGCCUUGUAAGAAAUCUUUGAACUUUCUUAGGCUUCGUUCAUGCUCGGCGAGAUUGCGGUUUCAUGCUGGAGCCGCGUACUCAAUCACUGGUCUCGUGUAUGCCGUGUACUUUGAUUUUUUUUAUAUUUUAUUUAAAA